ACUUUCAGCUGCUGAGGAGCUAGGAGGCUCCAACUCCAUCUUGUCUGGGUUGGGGACAAGACUUGAAGUGCACGUUCUUUCUUGGCAGGACCUGGUCUCUCCAGGGCAGGAUGGCCCAGGAGCUCAGUGAGAAGGAGCUUUUAAAGAUGGAGGUGGAGCAGCUGAAGAAGGAAGUGAAGAACCCAAGAGCUCCGAUUUCUAAGACAGGAAAGGAGAUCAAGGACUACGUGGAGGCCGAAGCGGGAAACGACCCUCUUCUCAAAGGCAUCCCUGAGGACAAGAAUCCCUUCAAGGAAAAAGGCGGUUGUACGAUAAGCUGAUGGCACUGGAGCCCCUCACCCUGAAUGCCUGCCCCUCCUCAGCCCCCUCCUUAUCCAGAAUCAAGUACCCUGGGACGCCCAGGGAACCAGUGGUUGUUCACCUUCUCUUAGUCACAGAAUGAGUAGAGAUGCCUGGCUGCGUACAUCAUGAAUCCAUUCCCCAGUCCUGCUUUGAACUCUUCUCUCCCAUUACCACCUGCCUGGUCACUGCUGACCCCACUUGGAAACACUCCCAGGAAAGCUUCCCUGGCUCAGCAGUGGACACCUAAACUCGUGGGGUCUGAAAAGGCUGCAGUUGCCUGAGACCUGGGACAGUCCUUGGGAAACAGUUACUCCUCCCAUUUCCCCCCUCCACUGUUUGCCUAGGAGCCAGAAUUCCCAUUCAGAGCUUUCGGGUUGAGGACUGGAGUUGGGGGCGUCCUUUCCCCCCACCUCAUGGCCGGUCCUGUGGAAGUCCCCCUGGUCAUUUGGAUCACCCCAGAUGGCCUGGUGACAAAAAGAGCUCGUAAAGUC